AUGAAUUAAUAUGAAAAUUAAGCAUAAAAACAGUAAUUCUUAGUCGAAUAUAUGAAAGUACAUUAAAAGUACCUAAUGGCAAUAAAACAGUUUAUGACCCAAAGGGUCCAGCUAUAUUUCUAUUAUUGGUAGAGUUAAAACAAUAUUAGGAAAAAGCUUAAAUGCUUAAAGAUGAUUAAGGAAUUUCUGGAAUGUUAGAUAAGCUUUGUAAAGGAUUCAUAAAAUUGAAUUUAGAAGAAACUCUAAGAUCUUUUUAGCAGAUCAUAUUCUAAUCAGCUAAGUAAUGA